AUGAUAAUGAAGAACGGACCACGGCGUGCCUCCUUCAUGUGGGGAUCCUCUACUCGGAAUACUCGAAUCGAACGUUUGUGGGUCGAGGUUGGCACUCAAUUCGCUAGGAGAUGGAGAGCGUUCUUUACCCGACUCGAAAAUUAUCAUAGGCUUGACCCUCAGGCCGCGAAUCACAUCUGGUUGCUCCAGAGUUUAUUUCUUGAUGAAAUCAAUUCGGAUUGCUUAAAUUUUCAGGCAGAAUGGAACUGUCAUCCCAUUCGCGGUCCUGACACCAACAAUAAGAGUCCCAAGGAUUUACGUUUUUUAGGGCACUUGCAGUUUGGCAUCUAUCGUGAUGACUGUGAAGGUGUGCAUCCUGACGUGAUUAACGAGUACUACGGGGUCCAUGGUCACACGACAACUCGACAGCGUCAUCAAACAGGAGCUGGACACCCCGCUGAUGAAGAAGACAGCGACUCAGAUAGCGAUGGCGAACAUCCGAGUACUAUGGUACAGGCCAUCAACAACCAGCAAAGACACCAGAUCCGUCACGAGGCCAUUAGCGUGCCGUCACAACAGAACCCUUUUGUUGAUGACGCAACACGACAGCAGUUUUCCGCCACCCUUGAUGAAGUUAUAGCCAAUGAUAUCACACCAAACAAUUGCAGACUAACGCUAGAUGAGUGGGAUGGAGAUGAAUACCCAACAUUUGAGACUAUUACCUUUGGUCAACGAGGAUCAAAAGAACUCCACGUUUCACUUGCUGAACCGAUCUGGUUUAAUCGAGCGAAAUUAUGGUGUCAGGCGUUAUUAGUUUUGUCAUAUUUUCUAACUGCCAGUAGCGACUAA